UGCCAGACCGGCAAGCAGGUAGCACGUACACGCUCGGGCGAGCUGGGACCGGGAGAAACAGCUAAUGGGCAGUACGGCCAGCGCCGACAGGAUGAUCUGCAGGCAGCACUUGCUUUGUCUUUCAUGAUUUGUCAUAAAUCCAGCCUCGUCGAUCACGGAUCCCCAGCCACGGUACCGGCCGAGGCAAUCGAUCAGGUCUGCUGUGCAUCCAUCUGAAUUCUUUUUUAAUUUAACUACGAGUGCCUUUGCUUCCGGGCUCCUUCCUCGUGUCAACUUCACUCCACCGGCCCAGCCCCACCAUUGUUUAUCAGGAGCUCCGCCGACGCCCCGCGUGUAUAAGUAGCCACGGUUCACCGAGCUCGCAGUUCUGUGUAGGCGUGUGUGGUCGAGAGGCGCGAGCGAACCUUUGCCAGUCAAUAGAUAGCACAGGUCCCCGUGAGUCGAUUGUGUCUGUGCUGGUGACCGCCGACCGACAAGUCAAGAAAUGGCAACGAGCGAGCUGCCGUCGGAGUCGGACGCGUUCGCCUUCCCGUGCGGGGACGACGGAACGACGUCACCGGCGCUGUCGCCGCCGGUCGUGAUCUCAGUGCUCGCGUCCAUCCUGGAGCGGCACAUCGCCCUCAACGAGCGGGCCAUGGCGGCCGCGAGCGGCCUCGACCAGUCGGCACCGGGAGACAAAGACGACGACGACGACUCGGACCCGGCGGCCGCGGCUGCGAGGAAGCGGGCGCGGGCGUUCGACGGCGGCACGGUGCUGGACAUGAGCCUGCACGCGUUCCUGGAGCGCUUCUCCCGCUACGCGCACGUGUCGCCGCAGGUGUACGUGGUGGCGUACGCGUACCUGGACCGGCUCCGCCGCGGCGCCGGCGUGCGCGUCGUGCGCGCCAACGCGCAGCGCCUGCUGACCACGGCCAUCCUCGUCGCGUCCAAGUUCGUGGAGGACCGCAACUACAGGAACUCCUACUUCGCGGCGGUGGGCGGGCUGGCGGCGGCGGAGCUGAGCGCCCUGGAGCUGGACUUCCUGUUCCUGAUGCAGUUCAGGCUCAACGUGUGCGCCGGCGUGUUCCGGAGCUACUGCCGCCACCUGGAGCGGGAGGUGAGCCACGGCGGCUGGUACCGCGUCGACAGGCGGCUCGGCAGGCCGCUCGUCUGCGCCGGAGAAGCGCGGGCGCAGCAGCGGCAGGCGGCGGCAGUCUAGUAAAGCCAGCUGCGUUAUCGCCUAGCAGUAGCAGCGACUGGGGUCCGAAAGCUGCGGCCUCGCCACUGCCACGCUGUUACCUGGUAGAGAAGGUGUCGGUGCCCAAAGGGCACACGGAAUGUACAUAAAUAGCAUAAUGAGUACUCAUGGCUUACACUAUGAGUUUAAACUUGCAAGCAUCGUACUCCAACAUGGCAAGUAGCAAGUGUUUCUUAUUACCUC